GUGUUAAAAAUUCUUAUUCCAACCCUCCUCCUCAUUCCAACCUCCUGACUUGCCAAAGCCAAAUGACUAUGGCCAACCACUCUCCUCCAUAGUUUCAUUAUCACACUAUUCAGUCUCGCCUGGCUGAAAAACACCUCCGAAACAAACUGAUCUACGCUUAACCCCUACAUAGCAACAGACCCCCUAUCUUCCCCACUUUUGACCCUCACUUGUUGGCUACUCCCCCUGAUAAUUCUCGCUAGCCAAAAUCACCUUGCACAAGACCCCCUUGUACGACAACGCAUCUAUAUUACCCUACUAGUGACCCUUCAACUCUCCCUGAUUAUAGCUUUUGCUGCUACUGAGCUCACCAUAUUCUAUGUUAUAUUUGAAACAACUUUAAUCCCAACACUUAUCCUCAUCACACGAUGGGGCAACCAGAUAGAACGCCUCAAUGCCGGAACAUACUUUUUGUUUUAUACCUUAGCCAGCUCUCUCCCCCUCUUAAUUACCCUCUUAGCUUUACAAAAUAAAACGGGUACCCUAUCCCUACUGAUUAUUCAACUAUUAGGUCCAAUCCCUAUCUCCCCCUAUGUCAACAUUAUUUGAUGAACCACCUCUCUCCUGGCCUUCUUAGUAAAGAUGCCUCUCUAUGGGGUCCACCUCUGACUCCCCAAAGCCCACGUAGAGGCCCCAAUCGCAGGCUCAAUAAUCCUUGCCGCCGUCUUAUUAAAGCUAGGCGGUUACGGAAUGAUACGAAUGAUACUAAUUCUUAGCCCCCUAGCCAAAGAACUAUGCUACCCAUUUAUUAUUCUAGCCCUAUGAGGAGUACUUAUAACUAGCUCAAUUUGCCUUCGCCAAACUGACCUUAAAUCACUAAUUGCUUAUUCCUCUGUAAGCCACAUAGGCCUUGUCGCUGCAGCUAUCCUCAUCCAAACCCCCUGAGGCCUUACCGGAGCCCUCAUCCUUAUAAUUGCCCAUGGCCUCACCUCUUCCGCCCUAUUCUGCCUAGCAAAUACUAAUUACGAACGCACCCACAGCCGCACAAUAAUCCUUACUCGGGGCUCACAAAUAAUCCUACCUUUAAUAGCAACAUGAUGAUUAAUCACCUGUUUAGCUAACCUCGCCCUACCCCCACUCCCUAACCUCAUAGGAGAACUAAUCAUUAUCUCAGCCCUACUUGGCUGGUCAUGAUGAACUAUUAUCUUUACUGGGGCAGGGGCACUAAUUACUGCCACCUACUCCCUCUACAUAUACCUAAUAACCCAACGAGGGCCAGUCCCAAACCAUAUAAUCUCAAUAAACCCCUCUCACUCACGAGAGCACUUACUACUCACCCUCCACCUCUUACCCCUCCUCCUCCUAGUCUUUAAGCCUACGACUAUCUGAGGGUCGGCCUACU